CAUGAUAAACAAUCGCCUGGCAUUAAAGCUUUUGCCGCGAACCCGAAGUGUAUUUUACUAGAAUAGAUAGAAAUAGCAUAGUAUUUUAGUAUUGCUAUAAAUCCUAUUCAAAUUUAUAAUAGAAAUAAACAAUAAAUGGUCAAUAUUUUUGUGAACGUUUAGUGCUUGUGGCGUGACGCGAUGUGGAGGUUCGUGGUUUUAACUUGCUUCGCGAUUCCUUGGAUCACAGCUCAAAACCCAAGAAACCAGCGACCGUUUGACAAUGGCCACGGAUGGGACAUACGACUAGCCGUGCCGGGUGAGCCAGGGAACGAUUACCCCACUCUGGACGCUAUACCCAGGACUUCAUUCACAUGCUCUGGCAAAGAUCCAGGAUAUUACGCUGACGUAGAAACCAACUGCCAAGUUUUUAGAGUCUGCACGCUUGGCUCGACAUAUAGCUUCCAGUCUUUUAUAUGCCCAAAUGGAACUUUGUUCAAUCAAGCUGUCUUAGUGUGUGACUGGUGGAUGAAAGUGAAUUGUAAAAAGUCUAGAGAACUCUUUGAAACCAAAAAAGAGAAAUUUGUGAAUCUGAAAUUGGGAACGCAAUUCAUGACAGACAUAAAAAAAAUGAUAAGCCAUCCAAUGCGAAAUCCUUAUGAUGAAACGUAUGCUAAACAUAAUCUAAUUGUGAUGCAAGAAUAUAAACCACCAUCAAACCAGUUUUAUAAUGGAGCUUCACUUAACAAUUUUAAUAGAAAUCCUUACAGUGCAUAUUUUCAGACGAAUCAGGCACAAAGAAAUAACUACCAAAACUCAGUACAAUACUCAACAGCUGACAUAUCCACUGCAGCCUCUACACCUAGUACACAAUACUACACCUUUAGUCAAAAUCAAAAACAAAGUAAACCUUAUCAGAUACCAAACCGCACAGGAAAUUUAAAUAACGUAAACAGUGCUUUUACUUUGAAUAGUCAUUCUGGAAAGAGCUCUCAAGCUAACAGUCUUGAUGUAAUUAAAUAUAGUCAAAACUCACAAUCAGUAAGACCCACUGAAGUCUAUCAAAGAAGCAUACAACGUACACAACCCAACAAACCACAAGAAAAGGUGAAAGAAAACAUUGGAUCAACUUACGUAACAUCAAAUCAAAAAUUUAACAACAGCCGCCUAAGUAAAAGCAAACAGAUAGAAUUAGGCAUUGAAUUUUCAAAACAGCAAUUAAAUCGAAAGAUUAACCAAGAAAAAUUCAAUUCCGACAAAAACACACGAGCAAGAUUUUUAAAUGUUGGACAAACAGGAAAUGACACAAAACAAAAUUCGGUAAGUAGUGAUUCACCUCCAGGAAUCAUAACUAAAACCUUAGCAUUUCGUAGAAUUAUCAAAGAUUCCAUGAAUGGUAACCCCAAAUCCCGAAUCACAUUUAAAACGUGGAUAGUAAGGCCUUCUAGAAAUUCUAAAUUGAUCGUUGAACCGACUCCAUACACAUACAAUAGGCCUGCAAACUUUUUGGGGAAAAUCAUUGCUGAUAUUACUGGUAAUAACAGAAAUGCAUCCUUCCAACGACAAGUGGCAACAAAAACUACUGAUGAUUCAUAUGUUUAUAAUGUUCCAACAGUUCAAAUAUCUGAUCAAAUUCUCACGACAUCAAAAGAUACUCCAGACAUAGAAUUCGUGCCAUCCACUACAUCACAAACAUUUACAGGUUAUCCCCUUCCUACACCCUCUCCAACAAAACCAGCCCUAUUAUAUUUAGUCCCUACUACUUUUAAGCCAUCCUCUCGACUGUAUGUUCCACCUCCAGGGAACGAUAUACAAAUAUCUCGACAGUACUUAUCACCAAUUCUUGAAAAUAGCAAAUUAGUGGCUGCAGCUAGUUCACCUAGGCCAUUUUUGGCAGUAAAUGACAAUAAAGCAUCAUUCUUCCUUAACAAGCGACCUAAUGCUGAUAACAAUAAUUUGGCUUUUUCUGAUAUUUUAACCAAAGACAAAUUAGGUACAACCGUAGAUGGUAUUGUCAAGGAUACAAACAAUGUAUUAGAGACAGCGUCACCUGUACAAUUUCAACAUUUUAAUCAGAAUGUUCAAUCAGUUGACUAUCCAAUUGAUAACUAUUUAUACUCAGGCUCAGAUACACAGAGCGAUGAAAAACUAACAUUAGAACAACCCCCACCACUUCAGAAAAGUUCUAGACUGAUCGCAGCUCCGUCAAUAGAUUUAGAACCACCCAUUGAAUCCAUUGAGAAUGUUAAUCAGAAUACCAACAAAAUUUCUAACUUGCCAUAUUUUGAAGAAUCCACUCGUCGUCCAAAUACUAUAGAGAGAACCGUUUCUUUAAAAAUUACCAUUCCAGAAAACAUCGCUGAUUUGUUAUUUAGGAAUCGUAGCACAAGUGAUUCUGAAAACUUAGAAAUUUUGAGUACAGGUAAUAGCAAUAGCUGGUUAUUGUCAAAUAAGGUGUCUAAAGAUACUGGUGGCAGCGUCAUUCCGAUUGGCAAAUUAAUUUGGAAUAAAAAUUCUAAUAUUUCUGAUUCACAGGAUUUGGUGUUUUCGUUAUUGAUAGACUCUAUCAAUGCUGCAAAGGAUUAUAACAACAUAGUACAACAAAGUAUUGCUACCACACAACCCACACCUACACAACCGCAGUUUCAAAAUGUGAAUAAUGAGGAAUUGCAACGAAUAUCAAAUGACAUAUCGCAGUUAACAUCAUCACAAUUUUCAGCAAAAAAUUAUUCGUCUAACUAUAGAUUAGCUAACCUGAGGGCUCCAUCUCCAUCAGAUUCAACGACAUCAAACACUUAUGGAAAUACAAAAAAUAUAAACAGUAUUUCACAAAACCAACGUGAACAGCAUAGGAUACCGCAACAGCAGCACACUCCACAACAGAAACAAAACGAACUGCCACCUUUCCAAGUAUCUGGGAAUAAUGAGUUGACAGAUUUAAAUAUAAACUCUGAUAAGCUCUACAGUGGACAACUUUACCAGCUCCCAGUUCCAGUUGUAAGUAAACAAAUAUAUAACUCGCUAUUCCCGGCUAACUACAAGUUAUCAAACAAUGAUAUUCAAGCUAAGUCCUCCGUAGAAAAUAGUGCGAAUAGUAAUACAAUUAACAAUAACAUUAUAAAUAAAUCGAAGGCAGAUUAUGAAUUUAUUCAGUCGCACACUGUUGACCAAAAUAAUUUCCAAUCAAAUUACAACAGUCCUAAAACAACAGAUCAAGGAAGUUCUGCUAAUGAUUUUAUGAAUACACUCGAACUACCUAAAAAUGGUAUUACUGCACAAUUACAAGACAACAUUGUUGGAACAAUACCACAUCCACUGGACGAUGACAAAUUAAUAAAGUACAAAAAGGACCAAACAUAUUACAUUUAUACACACUUGAACAAUGAUGAUGAACUAAGUACAGAUACUCAAAUUAACGAUAUUCAAAACAUAAUUGCCAACAAUUUGGCAAGCGGAACAUUUUCUCAAAAUGAUAAAUUGUCACGUCUCUCAGCGUAUGAGUUGAUCCCAUCUUUAGGUUAUAAACUGGAAGAUGAAAGAGAAAAACAAAAGACUGUAAACACUUUUCAAAUAAAUGAUUAUAAUGAACCGAAACAAAGAUCAUCCAACGAAAAUGCAAAUCUCAUCCGUCAACAAGAUAUAAUAGCCACUGAUGUGGAUUUUACAGUGGAUCACUCUAAAACAGCAAAUAUUGAGAAACCACGAUUUCUGUAUGAUGGACCAAAUUCAUAUUCAGCUCCUCAGAAGUCAGUGGGCAAUUUAAUACCAAAUCAAAAUAGUGUGCAAAGUGUUUCAAAUUUUAAUUCAAAAAUAGAAAAGUUUGACACUGAUGAAGAUAAAAACUAUGGAUACCCAAAAAUUAGUCCAGCAAAAAGAUUUUUGUUUUAGAAGAUAUUGAGAAAA